AUGCCUCCUCCACCUCCUCCACCCCCUCCACCGCCGCCUGGUGGUAUGGGUGGUCCUCCUCCCCCUCCUCCUCCACCUCCAGGAGGUCUUCCCGGGCGACCACCAGCAGGAGGAGCACCUGGUAGAGGCGCUCUUCUCUCAGAUAUUCAUAAAGGCAAAGCUCUCAAGAAGGCCGUCACCAAUGAUCGUUCAGCGCCGCAAGUUGUCAAAGAGUCCAACUCCUCCGCCGCCCCUGCUGUUGGCGGCGCACCUCCUGUCCCGAAAAUCGGUGGUGCUCCUCCUGUUCCCGGCCUGGCACCAUCAGUUCCUGGAAAUCGAGCAAGAAGCAACAGCGACCAAGGAACAGCAACUGCCGAUCCCGCGCCGCAAUUGGGUGGACUUUUCGCGGGUGGAAUGCCCAAGCUGAAGAAGCGAGGAGGAGGUGUAGAUACGGGCGCCAAUGCCGAUUCCUCAUAUCGAUCCGAUUCUGAAGUUGCCUCCGCGCCCAAGCCUCCAUCCGCGCCGCCGAGACCUCCCUCAGCUGCUGCACCAUCGAUCCCCGGACGAGGACCUCCAGUACCGCCCCAAGGAGGAGCUGCAGGCUUGAGGAAGACGACGCCAUUAGGGGGCAAACCUCCCCCUCCCCCUAUAGGGAAGAAGCCUCCUCCACUGCCAACAUCGCGGAAGCCCUCGUCUAUGUCACUACCACCAUCUGCGUCUUCUCUGAACUUGGUGCCCUCGGCCCCUCCUCCCCCUCCGCCCUCAAGCAACGCACCAGCCGCUCCUCCACCACCACCUCCUUCUGCGGCCCCACCACCUCCUAGUCAAUCCCCAGGAUCUCGAGGCUCGGUACCUCCUCCGCCACCGCCUCCUCCUCCCGGAGCAACACCAUCUCUUGCUGCGCAGGCUACUCUUCGUGCUGCUGGACAAGCAUCACCAAGUGGUGCACCUCCACCCCCUCCAUCAAGCGCUCCUUCGCCUCCGCCACCAACAACACGCUCUCGAGGUUCCUCCCUUCGCCAUUCCAUGUUGGACCCCAGUAUGUUUACUUUGACAGCCAACGGGGGUAAAUCCCCUAGUCCAAACCACUCGCCUUCGCAAACACCUGGUCACAGUGGUGAACCAAUUGUGAUCAAUGACCCCAGAUGGCAGUGGAAAGAUGAAGGCCUGUUCCCGAAACCCAGGGAUUUUGUGGGAGGAACAAGGAAGUAUCGGGCAGGAAGAGGAAGUAGUGUUCCUUUGGAUCUGAGUGCUCUGUGA